CAGAGCGAUGUUGACGUGGUAACAGACUGUUGCCAGUUUAUUGAAAACCUCCGGGAAUACACGCACAAUUCAGCAGAGCCACGCUAUUAAACACAAGUAAUCAUGCUAGACUUUGCCAUCUUUGCUGUUACGUUUGUCAUUAUUUUGGUGGGCGCUGUUCUGUAUUUAUACCCGUCGUCCAGAAGGGCAUCUGGCAUCCCGGGUCUUUACCCUGCAGACGAGAAAGAUGGAAACCUGCAGAACAUUGUGAACAGAGGAAGUCUUCACGAGUUUCUUGUCGGCCUGCAUCAGGAGUUUGGGUGCGUGGCGUCGUUCUGGUUCGGGGGCCGGCCGGUGGUCAGCCUGGGCUCUGUGGAGCAACUACGGCAGCACAUCAACCCCAACCACUCCACUGACUCCUUUGAGACGAUGCUGAAGUCGUUGCUAGGCUACCAGGCCGGGAUGGGAGGCGGGGCCAGCGAGUCCGUCGUAAGGAAGAAGCUGUAUGAGGGCGCCAUCAACAACGCCCUGAAGAACAACUUCCCUCUCGUGCUCAAGGUGGUGGAGGAGCUGGUGGGAAAGUGGAGCUCGUUCCCAAAGGAUCAGCACAUCCCGCUGUGCGCCCACCUGAUGGGUCUGUCCCUGAAGACCGUUACCCAGCUGGCCUUCGGCGAGCGCUUCAAAGACGACGCCGAGAUCAUUUCCUUCCGCAAGCACCACAACACCAUUUGGUCAGAAAUUGGAAAAGGCUACAUGGACGGCUCCCUGGAGAAGAGCUCCAGCAGGAAAGGACAUUAUGAGAAGGCCCUGACAGAGAUGGAGUCCAUGCUGCUGUCGGUGGCGAAGGACAGGAAAGCCCAGAGGAAGCAGACGGCGUUUGUGGACGCUCUGCUUCAGUCCAGCCUCUCCGAGCGACAGAUCAUGGAGGACUGCAUGGUUUUCACUCUGGCUGGAUGCGUCAUCACGGCUAACUUGUGCAUCUGGGCGCUUCACUUCCUGUCCACCUCAGAGGAAGUCCAGGAGAAGUUGUACCAGGAAGUGGAGGACGUUUUGGGUUCAGAUCCAGUUUCUCUGGACAAGAUCCCUCAGCUCAGAUACUGCCAGCAGGUCCUCAACGAGACGGUGAGGACAGCCAAGCUGACCCCCGUCGCUGCUCGGCUUCAGGAAGUGGAAGGCAAAGUGGAUCAAUACGUCAUCCCCAAAGAGACUCUGGUGAUCUACGCGCUGGGAGUGGUCCUGCAAGAUGCCGACACCUGGAGCACUCCGUACAGGUUUGAUCCCGAUCGAUUUGAGGAUGAAACGGCGACGAAGAGCUUCUGUCUGCUCGGCUUCUCAGGGAAUCAGACAUGUCCAGAGCUCAGAUUUGCCUACACCAUAGCGACGGUGCUGCUCAGCACGCUGGUGCGGCGGCUGAAGCUCCACAAGCUGAAGGGACAAGUGGUAGAGGUCCGAUCUGAGCUGGUGUCCACACCCAAGGACGAAACCUGGAUCACCGUCAGCAGCAGAACCAGCUGAAACCAACCAGAACCAGCUGGAACCGAGCCCUGCGUGGGGAGGGAGAGGAGUCGACAUUUCCCGCCACCGCGGAAAACAAGUUUACCAUCAGGGAGGAUUCACCAGCAAAGUAUUACACGAUUGUACUUUGGAACGAAACUCUGACACUUUAAAGACUUAUUUCCCCCCAACUUCCACUCAAAUUGCAGCUCCUGUGAUCUCCAGGUUCCUCUCUGAUGGUUCAAAGCAUCGCAGGCUUUUAUCACCUGUGACUUUGACUUUAUAUUUGUUGACUCACAUCGGCUCCAGAAAAGAAACUCUUGAGUUCAAAAGUUUUUCUUUUCAGUUUCAGAACGACUGCUUUGAGUCGAUUCCCAAAGCAGAGAACCACAAAGCAUUUGAACAUUUCAUUGCUUUUUUUAAAGACAUGUACAUUAAAUAUGUAUAAAAAUA